AUGGCAGCACUAAAUGAUGUUGAUUCUCGAAGAUUGUUCUUUAAGAGAACUUUCCACUCCGAAAAAUCCUGCCCUCCUCAUCUGGAAAAGGUUUCAGUUAAGAUUUUAAAAAAAUGUGGUGGUCUACCAUUGGCUAUAAUUACAAUUGCGAGUUUGCUAGCCAAUAAACCUCAAAGCACAGGUGAAUGGGAGAAACUGCAAGAUUCAAUUGGUACUGGUCUUUCAUAUGAGAAUGAUGAUGGUGGAAAAGGAAUGAGAGAUAUAUUAUUACUUAGUUACUGGGAUCUUCCACACCACCUGAAGACUUGUUUAUUGUACGUAUGUAUAUAUCCAGAGGACCACCGUAUCAACUGUGCAGAACUGAAAUCGAAAUGGAUAGCUGAAGGAUUUGUUGCUACACAAUGGGGAAAUCUGUAUCAAGAAGCAGAGAACUAUUUCAAUGGACUUGUCAAUAGAAAUCUGAUUCAGCCAGUUGAUGUUGGCUAUGAUGGCAUUGUGCACUACUGCCAGGUUCAUGAUAUGGUGCUUGACCUUAUAAUAUCUUUGGCAGAAGAAGAAAACUUUGCCCUUAUUCUAAAUGGACGUGUCUGCAAUUCUUUGCCAAGCAAGAUUCAUCGGAUCUCCAUACAAUCUAGUGGGCAAGAACAUAAAGGAGCAACCCAUGAGAUCACAAAAAGCAAGUUACAUCUUCGCUCACUGAGUGUGUUUGGAGAAGAGGAGUCCAUACCCCUACUUGUGGACUUCCGUUCCUUGCGCGUAUUGGAUUUACUUUAUGGUGGUUUGUGGCGAGAGAAUAGGCAUAUAAAGAAUGUGGGAAGUUUGUCUCAGCUGAGGUAUUUGCGACUUAAUGGUGAAAAAAUCACCAAGCUUCCUGACGAAAUUGGGGAGUUACGCUACUUAGAGACUCUCCAUUUGAGGGGUUGUAGAAGCCUCACAACACUGCCAUCAAGUAUGGUUCGCCUACAGAAACUGGUGCGCCUAUUUGUUUACGCAGGCCUUUGGCUGCCUGCAGAUGUGUUUGGGAGCAUGCAAGCCUUGGAGGAAGUAUCAUGCAUCAAUCAUGUUGACAACGCAGUAAAAUUUGCAGAGGUGCUCGGGAAUCUAACAAAACUGAGAAAGCUCACGCUGUGUUGUGAGACAUCUCAUAUACGAGGACAUGGUCGUAAGGAAAGAUUUUUGGAACUUUUGCGGUCAUCUGUAUCCAAGUUGGCCGAAUACAACCUUCAGUAUCUUUAUGCUCCUAAUGAAUUAGUAGAGUAUAUGUUCAAGGAUCAAAGCCGCGCCUUUCCGCACCUCCAAGUUAUUAAAGUGUUGGAAUAUAUGAAAAGUGUUCCCUCAGGAAUGGCUUCCCUAAACAAUGUCGUCGAUUUGGACAUAGAAGUUCGGAGGUUUUAUGAGGAAGAACUCCAUCUUCUCAUGGGUUUGCCUUCUCUGACCCAUCUCCAGCUGAAGGUAAUCGAUCCGGAGGCUUGGGCGAGAAUGACGGCGAUGACUGUCGGUAGUAACGGAUUCAAGCUUCUAAAGGUGUUCUGCUUUGUGUUUAAGGGGUUCACGGGAACAGGAAUAGCAUUUGCACCAGGUGCUAUGCCAGCACUCCGACGGUUCCACCUUCAGUGGAAAGCAAAGGAGGUUAUGUGCAAAUAUUCAUAUUCUGACAGUGCUGACAUGGGCAUCGAGCUUCUUUCAGGCCUUGAGCACCUCCAGAUUGAAACUGAUUGUUAUGACGCAACUGUGGCCGAGGUGGAGGCAGUGGAGGGUUCCAUUGCAAAAGCAAUCGCCCUGCAUCCCAACCGCCACACUCUUCAAGUCCAUAUCACUACUAGAAAGGACGAUUGUACUAUUUUCAAGGAUGACGAAGAGAGGUCCGCGGCAUGGAAGGAGUACUGGGCCGGACAGGCGCUCGGUGAGUAUUGA